ACCAUUCACAUUCACAGUUUUGUUCGUCGCUCUGUAGAUCGGAGAGUCUACUUGGUUAGUGUGUCUCGUGCGCAAUAUUAAAAACGCGAAACCUCUUGGUCGUCAGUCCUAUCGUAUGUGUAAAUAUAACACAUUUCGGCCGAGCGAGAGUCCAUUACGUGAUAAGCGAGAGCAAGGAAAAGUAAUUGCCAGGCCAAAAACAUCGUUCCGAGUUCUGAAACUACAUACCACGUUAGCUGAUCGGAAAACAUUGACGACGGAUAUUGGAUAUUGGAAGGGAGAAACCUCAGCAGUGGAAUAGAUUGUCCCCAACUGCGAGCAAAGCUCGGUACACUCAGGGGGAUCCCCUGUUGCGAAGUACAGCUUUGAGCCGAAGACAGUACUGACUCUGGAGACUAUUUGACAAUCGUUCAACUAAUGGUUGAUUGUUUCUGCCCAACGGAGAUGCUGCUAAUCUAGUGCGGCUGCAGCGCUGACACACAACCUUUCGAAAAAAAAUCAUUCAAUUAAACACACAAUCCCGCUUCGCUUCGAAACCGGCGAGCGAACGAAUCAAUCUCUGUGUGUGCAACCGCCGCCAAAGCGAUUGUAUGUUGUCAUGAAUCCUGACGAAUAUGAACAGCUGCCGACGACGAGUGUAGCUACCAACAUGACGGCUGGAGCGAUAGCCGGCAUUAUGGAACACUGCGUAAUGUAUCCGCUGGACUCGGUGAAGACCCGGAUGCAGUCGCUAACGCACAUGCACGCGCACGACACAAUCGUUUCGACGAUGCGCGACAUGGUACGAGCCGAAGGUUUGCUACGACCGUUCCGCGGUGUGAUGGCCGUUGUUGCCGGGGCGGGCCCCGCACAUGCCUUAUACUUCGGAGCGUACGAGUACUCCAAGGAAGCGAUUGGACGCUUCUCGGAUCGCCAUCAGAUCAAUUACAUGAUCUCGGCUGCUCUGGCAACCCUCGUGCACGAUGCUGUCUCCAAUCCAGCCGAUGUGGUCAAACAGAGGCUACAGAUGUAUAACUCGCCUUACAGAUCAAUUAUGCACUGCACACGAGUCGUUUACCAGAUGGAAGGCUUUCGAGCGUUCUACCGAUCAUACUCGACGCAGCUUGUAAUGAACAUACCGUAUUCGGCAAUACAAUUCCCAACCUAUGAAUUUCUGCAGAAGCUGCUCAACAAAGACAAUAACUACAAUCCGCCUGUACAUAUGGUUGCGGGAGGUGCUGCAGGCGCUGCGGCUGCAGCCCUCACAACACCGCUGGACGUUUGUAAGACACUGCUGAAUACGCAAGAAGAUGGUGCUGGUAAAACCAGAGGUCUCCUAGAGGCAGUCAAGAAAAUCUACCAUACAGCAGGACCGCUAGGAUUCUUCAAAGGACUGCAAGCUCGAGUCCUCUACCAGAUGCCAGCUACCGCCAUCUGUUGGUCAACGUACGAAUUCUUCAAGUACAUCCUGAGUGGAGGAACCCGAAACCCGCUAAGGACCAGUUCCUCGGAAAUAGUUUCCACAGCCGAACUGGUUAAAGACGACAAGAAACUGUCCGAUUUACGAUACGUGAUACCUGUCAGUGCCGCCUCGGCUGAAACAUCCCCAAACAGUCUAAUCGUCAGAAGCGGGCCCAGUUCGGGGGGUGAACGUGAAUGUGGUCGCCGCGAACUACCGGCCAUGUCCGGGGCCGGAAUCUACGGAGCAAUGAGCUAUAAUACAAUGCAUUCGAAUGAUGCGAACCACAUCACUGAUCACACUGCGCUACGAAGGACCAACUGAAUGACAAUACCGGCGUUGCAACGACGAGAGACAGGUUGGUUCUGUUGGAAACACUGAUAAAAGCAUAAACUUUUUUUGGUCUAAAUUAGUCUGAACUAGUUAUCGAUUGCAUCCACUAUCGUUUGCCGAAUGGUUUCCACUAAAAUUGAUUGUGAAUUGUCUUGCAAAUGAUAUGAACCCACCUCGUGCAAGAUUUGUUUUCCUUGAAUCCCAGUUAAGCGUUAACGGUUAAGAAACCCUGCCUUCCCUAACGAUUUCGCCCCUUAUCCUUGCUAUAUACCUAUACGAUAUCAUACGGAAAUGUGAUUUAAAAUCAAAUCAUUUGAUUGUAAGUAAAUUACACGCAUUAAUUUAUGCCGGCCCUAUCGUUUAAUGUUCCUUUUAUUUACUUAUUUUACUCGUUUCAACAUCUUUGUGGUAUGUAAAGAAAGCGGCGGCAGUAGAUUUCGCGUCAAGCUAAUCUAAGUGAUUCGUAAUUCGACCAUAAUGCAUCACUGGAGCGGGUGAAUUCAGGUCAUUGGAAGAACCGGUGUUAUGUUAAUGUGUAAAUAUGAGAUGAUCUUUUCGUUUCACACGAAGCGAUCAAACGAAGCAAAUUCUGUUUUGCAUAUCUGGCCAAAGCAGGCAACUUCUUGGACAGUCCUCCUUGAAUUUAUUAUUGAGAGGAUGGUAACCAAACUGCGAGUGGUACUCUAUCGAUGAGAAAACCAUCUAAUAUAUUUUUUUCUUGAAUCGAAAGCUCCUAGUUUUUUAGUUACAUUUCUGGCUAUUUGUUAAUGUUGAAAGUAGUGCGAUAUACGAUUAUUACCACCUUAUUUUAUUAAUCUGUGAAUUCAAUGUAUAAACAAUUUCGUACUGUGCCCCAUUGUCGCCAGCUAUCUGCACAUCGAAAAUAGAAAUAAAUAAGUUGUAGUAGUAGAACCAAUCUUAUUUUUGAAAUCAAAUCAAGCACAAGCCACACGUGCUAUGCUUAGGGAAACCCUUACUUUGUUGGAAUCGGUACUAAGUAUCGUCUCAUGGUAAGAUGCCAUAGGAAUGCUUGAUACCAAAGGAUCAAGAUGUUUUGUUAAACGGCUCCAUAGGAACCAUAACAACAGGAAAAAAAGCGAACAAACAACCUAAACUCAAGAUGAUAAUGUCUUAAACUUCGUUUGAAAGUUCCAUAUCCAUAUGGAGCAGACGAAUGAGAGUAAAAAUUAAGCAAAAACCCUAGAAAAAGUGCACCGUGAAAAGUGUAUGGGCCCAAACAUAAUGUAUCCCUUUUCAAAAAAAAAAACGGAUGCAUUGUGUUUGCGUCUUAUAUGUACAGUUGCGUACGAAGAGAAGGAAAUUUUCAAAUUAAGAAACAACAAUAAAUUCUGUAUAUGAAAAACCGUUAAAGUUACACGUAUA